AUGUACACGACGGAGCGCAGGCGGAUGAGCCUGCACGAACUCAAAAGGAGGGAUCCAGUCUGGGUGUCCGCUGGAAGUUUGUGGCAGGACGCUCUGGCCCUAGAGCUGAGCACCGGGCCGGGGAAACCGGCCAUAUCGCCACGGAGCCGGACCAGGGCGGUGUCAGUGGCUUAUUUUGUCAAUGAGGACGCGUCAAAGGCUGAGGAGAACUUCUCUCUGAAAUGUCUGAAAGAAGCCUGCGCGGACGCGCACGCCACUCUCAAAACCAUUUCAUUCGAGAGAGUGUCUCUGGGUGCCACUGAUGUCCUGGAUAGUUUCUACAAUGCAGGCAACGCAAACUCACACCCCCCUGUUACUUGUUCUCCCCCAGAUGUGGCAGUGGUGGAAAUGUGUGACACUUUCUGCCAGCAUUCCAUUUUCUACCACCUUGGAGUGAGAGAAAGCUUCAGUAUGACAAAUAACAUCAUUCUGUAUUGUUACAAACAGAACAGCGAUCUCCAGGCUCUCAAGGAGCAGUGUGGGAGUCACACCUUCCUCCCGUACGUGGUGUCACCGCAGGGCAAAGUGUUUGCCUGCGAUGUCAAAACCAUGACGUGUAUCAAAGAGUUGAUACAGCCCGGCUUCCAGCUUGAGGCUUUCCUCAACCCGCUGGUAGAGAGGCUCGUGCAUCUGCUGAAUAACGUGCACAUCCAGUCCAGUGAGUACUUCCGGGAGUCGGUCAGGCAUGAGAUCCGCAUGGCACGGGAGAGGUUCAGUGGCCAAGCCCUGAGUCAGGAGUUGAGCCGCAUCCAGAAACGCUUGGAUAGCGUCGACAUGCUCUCUCCUGAUAUAGUCGUGGGCCUGUUGUUAUCCUACAGAGAUGUUCAGGACUAUGAUGCCAUGAUACAACUGGUGGAGAAUUUGAACAGCCUGCCAAUGUGUAUGGUAGCAAGGCAUCAGAAUAUCAAGUUUCACUACAUAUUUGCUUUAAACAGGAGAAAUCGCCCUGGAGACCGCGCAAAGGCUUUGGAAACAAUCUUGCCAAUUGUGGAGUCUGGAGUGAAGGUGGCAUCCGAUGUGUUCUGCUUGUGUGGACGGAUCUACAAAGACAUGUUCAUCAGCUCUGGGUUCACAGACAUCCGCAGCAGAGACCAGGCCUGCUAUUGGUAUGGAAAAGCGUUUGAGACGGAGCCAUCUCUUCAUUCGGGCAUCAACUGUGUGGUCAUCCUGAUGGCAGCUGGACACGAAUUUGAGACUUCUAUUGAGUUGCGAAAAAUAGGUGUGACCAUAAGCUCACUGCUCGGUCGAAAAGGUAGUUUGGAGAAGAUGAAGGACUACUGGGACGUAGGCUUCUAUCUCGGAGCAAACAUCCUCGCCGGAGAGCACAGGAAAGUCAUCGAGGCCUCAGAGAAGCUCUACAGACUGAAGGCCCCCAUUUGGUACAUUGCAUCAAUUAUGGAGACAUAUAUCUUAUACCGUCAGUUUGCCAAGUUUCCUGAAGUGAGAUCUCCCAAACAAGAUACAGUGGAUUUCUGGAUGGAGUUACUUUUGGAGACGUACAAACCCACCUUCUCAACAAACCGCUGCCCUGUGCUCAUUCUGGAGCCCAGUAAAGUCUUCCAGCCGGCUAUUGUGAGUGUGAGUGAGGAGAAUGAGAGCCGCACUGUUCAGCUCAGACAUGUGACACAUUUACAGAAAGGCCUACACCAGUGGACUUUUCCAGCAUCAGCAAUCCGGGGAGUGAGCGCAUCAAAGAUUGAUGAGCGAAGCUGCUUCCUGUAUGUCCACUACAACUCAGAUGACUUCCAGCUCUGCUUCCCCUCUGAGAUUCACUGUGAGAGAUUCUGCGAGUUGGUCAACUCCCUGCUUCAGCAGGCUCAAGAUUCUGCUCAGGACCCCGAACAUCUGUCUGCAGGGAUACUUGAGUACAUCUAUGAGACCAAUGAGAAUGGCGACAAAGUGGUUCUUGGGAAAGGGACGUAUGGCGUGGUGUACGCUGGAAGGGACGUGAGCAACCAAGUCCGCAUUGCCAUCAAGGAGAUUCCUGAGAAGGACAGCACAUAUUCCCAGCCCCUCCACGAGGAGAUAGCUCUGCACAAGAGGCUCAAGCACAGGAAUAUUGUCCAGUACCUUGGCUCUGUCAGUCAGGAUGGCUUCAUCAAGAUUUUUAUGGAAGAAGUACCUGGAGGGAGUUUGUCAUCUCUUCUGCGCUCCAAAUGGGGUCCUCUGAAAGACAACGAAGCCACCGUCAUUUUCUACACCAAACAAAUACUCGAAGGGCUGAAAUACCUUCAUGAUAAUCAGAUAGUCCACAGAGACAUAAAGGGUGACAAUGUACUGAUCAACACCUACAGUGGGGUUCUGAAAAUUUCUGACUUUGGAACAUCUAAACGCUUGGCAGGGAUUAACCCAUGCACCGAGACAUUUACCGGAACUCUCCAGUACAUGGCCCCUGAGAUAAUAGACCAAGGACCUCGUGGCUAUGGGAGGCCAGCAGAUAUCUGGUCUCUGGGAUGCACCAUCAUAGAAAUGGCAACAGGAAAAACACCAUUCCAUGAGUUGGGAAGUCCUCAGGCAGCAAUGUUCAAGGUGGGCAUGUUUAAGAUCCACCCCAAGGUUCCUGAGUGUAUGUCCGAUGAGGCCAAAGCCUUCAUCAUGAACUGUUUCGUGCCAAACCCGGACGAACGAGCUACAGCUGCUCAGCUGCUGAAUGACGCUUUUCUCAAGUCGUCCCCGAGGAAAAAGGCCAGAGCUGCUCAGGACUCAGAACCCAAUGAGUCAGUGUUUUCUGCUGACUAUCACCGCAGCCUUUCAGUGCCCAUCUCCAUCCUUGUGGAGGACACGGAUUCAUACUCGGACUCAGUUGACUUGUCUUAUUCUCUUGACCUGAGAAGGUACCAACCCAACGAAGAGUUCUCAGAGAGCCCACCAACCACCAGCUCCCUUUCAGUUCCAGAUGAGUCUGUGUCAGACAUGAGCAGUCCAGCCUCAACGGAUGAGAAUAUCAGCCUAUUUAUGCUGCGAAAGGACAGUGAGAGGAGGGCGACUCUGCACAGAGUCCUCACCGACUACGUCAGUAACGUUGUCUCUAACAUACAGCAGUCUGUGCCUCAGUAUGACGAAGGAUCAACGCUUACAGCCGACCACAUCACUGUGCUUAUCACCUGCUUACGGGACAACAUCCGCUCUCCAGACAGACAACAGCUAACCAGUGGCCUGCUAGAGCUUCGCUCUACUCUUCUAGCAUGUGAUGUUCCUCUGAAAGACCUGCAGGCGGUGCUCUUUAACUUCCAGGAAGCAGUGAAUAAGGUUCUGAAGAGGCAACAGGUCAAACCUCACUGGAUGUUUGCUUUGGACAACCUUCUCAGACAGGCGGUACAGGAUGCCCUAACUGUCCUGCUGCCAGAACUGAAGCUCCAGCUGCAGUCCUCAUUUGAGGUUGAGGAGAGCAUUCCAGAGGAGCAGCCUUCUGACCCAGACACCCCUGUAGUUCCCGUCCCCGACCUGCUGAUGGCGCCAACAGACUCAGACAUGAAUGAUACUGAGUCUUCCUCGAUACCCAGAUUUCCUACUGACAUCAUACUCAACGACAACUUUCCCCAAAGCAAGAAGCUGAGAGAUCUGCGAAUUGAGACGAGGAGACUGCUGAGUCAGCUGAGUGACAAGGAGCAAGAGUACCAGGACCUACUGAGGAACUCUCUUCAGAGGAAACAGGAACAGAUAGAUGAACUGAGGAAAACAACUGUUAUUCAAGGUGGUGAGCUGGCCUCACAAAAAAGAUGUAAUCCAGAGAACAGGGCUUUAGUUUGCUGGCUCAAGUCUGUUCCUGUGGAUCAAGACACUAUCGAUAAGCUGCUCGCUCAUGAAUUCACCUUGGACUGUCUCCUCUCCAUGGCCUCCAGGGACGACUUGAUGUACUGUAGAUUAAGAGGUGGCAUGCUGUGUCGAAUCUGGGCAGCCAUCACCGCUCGCCGAAAGACCUCACUCAGCACACACAACGAAGAGUCUGAAGACACUCUUCUCUAA